AUGCUUUCCGCUGGAAAACAAGCAAACCACGCAGAGCACCUCCCACCUGAUGGAUACGUGCAAUCCAGCCCUGCGGUUUUGAUGGGAAAUCCAAUCCGGGCCUUCACACCACCUUUGGGUGCUGCACCAGCUGGCAUAGGGAAGUCGCCCAGCCCUGUGCAGCGGAUCGAUCCUCACACAGGGGCCAGCAUCCUCUAUGUCCCUGCGGUGUAUGGAGGAAACAUGGUGAUGUCUAUGCCUCUCCCAUUGCCCUGGCCAGGUUAUCAGAACCGCUUUGCCGUGGAUCCUCGCAUCAUGAGCCACCCAGCCGCCAUGGCCUACAACUUAAACCUGCUUCAGCCACAGAAUCGAGGCUCCCCCAUCCCUUAUAGCGGCGUGGCCCACCCCUCUCCUUUAGGAAUGGCCCAGCCCAGCCCAGAGAAGGACCUGCAGGCUGACCUCACCAGAAAUGGUAAAGUUGAUGGAUGCACAAAAGCUGAACAGACCCGUCUUCAGACACCAGAAAGAAAAAACACAGACUUAAGGGAAAAACAGGGAGAUUUAGACACAGGUCAAAGUCGGAGUUUAGAUUCCCAAACAGAGCUGGUUGGAUUUCCCAAUGCUAUGCUUCAUCGAAAAGACCCCUCGGCGGCACAGAGAUCCCUAAACUACCACCUGGCUCCACCCAGCCCUGCUUUUCCUCCACAUCACGGCAGUGGAAGAAGCUUCCCCCAGCAGUAUCCUGUUCCCAGACUCCCUUAUCGGGUCAAUCAGCCCCCCCAUCCAGGAAUACCGCAACAGAAUCAGCAACAACAGCUCAGUCCUGCCUUCGCUGGCGGAAGCCACGCUUCCUUCUUCAGCGGCAACAUACCCGCUCACAGAUCUGUACAAUCACCCACUGUGGACGGGACAGAUGGGUCUUCAGGGGUGGAGGAGAUGAGCAGCGCCAUCAGGACUCAUAUGGGCCACCCAGGGGGGCAACACCCAGGCCUGCCACAGCACAACCGAGUCAGCAACUUUGGGGAGGAUGGCCAGGAUGGAAAUCUGGUAGACAGUUUAGACCUCCAGAGUCCCCUGGCUUUGGAAGCCCUUAGCCAGCAGCAGCAGCAGGCGGCCAGACUGGGCCAAUGGGGGGAAGCAACAGGCCCUUUCCUUCAGGGCGGCGUUGCCUUUCCUCUACCCCAUCAUCUCGCCCCCUUCGCUCAACCUGGCAUGGCUCGCUUUCCUCCUCAACUGCUCCGGGCUGCAACCUGGGGGCUUGGUGCCAAUAUGGAGGAGGAAGCCGUUCCUUCUGCCACUGCAGGCCCAUCGUGCAACAGGUAUCCUGGCCUUUUGAGAGAUAUUCACCCUCAGGAGCAGCCAGAACACAGGGAAGCAACAGAAGUUCAACCGCCGCCUCAGUCCCGCCUGCUCCAGUAUCGACAGUCCCAGUCCCGUGCCUCUGGUGACCCUUCAUCCUCUUUGGCCCCCCUCUCCAAUCACACUGGCCCCUUUCCUUCAGGACUGUACUCCCACGAAACCAAUCGGAAUCUUCUGAAUGAAAAUAUUCUCAACAAUCAAGCUCUGCAGCAACAGCACCCAGGCAACCCCCUGUACAACACCAGUAGCUACCCAAACCAACCACCAGCUCAGUCGGCCAGUCCUCCCCCAUCCCACGUCAAAUAUCUUCUACAAGAAGCCCAGUGGUCCCACAGUGGACCUGCUUCUGCGUCACAGCAGAACCACCUUUUAGGGAACCAGAACCAUAGCCUUCUAUAUGGGCUGCCCAUCGUGGCUCACCACAGCAGGCAGGAGCAAGUGCUGAUGCAACUUCACCAGCAGCAGCAGCAGCAACAGCAGCAGCAGCAGCAACAAAAUCAAGGCCCAGACUCUGAGUCCUACCAUCCACUGUCCCCUAGAACAUCAGCAGCCACAGCUCUGCACAGUGUAGACGAGUAUGAACCGAGAGGUCCAGGCCGGCCCCUCUAUCAGCGCCGCAUCUCCUCCAGCUACCCAGAUGAAUCAUCGCCAGCCAACAGCCUCAGUGCCCACCCCUGCCCGCCGGAGCCCCAGAACCAUCCCCAAAUCCAGCAUCAACAGCUCCCGCAGGGCCCGUACGGCUACGUGUCCCAUGACCACCUCUGGCCAAGUAACGGUGAGGGUCCGGGUCCAUUUCAGAACAUUCCAUGUAACGGAGCCACACUAGUUCAGCAUCGGGACCUUCUAGCUUCCAAGGUCCAUCGUCAGGCAGAUGAUGGGGCCAAAGUCGAGCCUGCAGCCGCUCAGCAGGCACACCCACACAGCCUCAACUCCCUUCAGCACCAGUUUCCCCCACUUCUGUCCAAUAAGAAGCAGCAGCCGCCCCCACCGCCGCCGCCACCACCACAGCCUCCAACAGACCCCAGCCAGGGGGCUCCAAAUCUAACAAAGCCACCUACGAUGUCGUACGCGAGCGCCCUCCGAGCCCCCCCAAAACCAAGAGCCGUUCGACCCGAGCAGGCGAAGAAGAACAGCGACCCGCUCUCCCUUCUCCAGGAGCUGAAUAUCGGAAGCUCAAACGGUAGCAACGGUUAUUAUUCCUACUUUAAAUGA